AUGUCGAACGUUUACUUUCCCUACUCCAAGGCGCCUUUGCGCACCAUCAAGGAGAUCCAGUUUGGUCUCUUCUCACCGGAAGAGAUCAAAAGGAUGAGCGUGGUGCAUGUUGAGUAUCCUGAGACGAUGGACGAACAACGGAUGCGGCCGCGGACAAAGGGUUUGAACGAUCCUCGCUUGGGUACGAUUGACCGGCAAUGGAACUGUGAGACCUGCGAGGAGGGUCAAAAGGAGUGUCCUGGGCACUUCGGACACAUCGAGCUGGCGACUCCAGUCUUUCACAUCGGUUUCUUGACCAAAGUCAAGAAACUCCUUGAGACUGUCUGCCACAACUGUGGCAAGAUCAAAGCCGAUACGUCCGACUCCAAAUUCUUAGAAGCCCUACGCAUGAGAGAUCCCAAGCGACGUUUCGACCAUAUCUGGAGACUCUCCAAGGAUGUGUUGAUCUGUGAAGCAGACCCUCCGCCGGACGAGGACGAGCCGUUUUCGAAAGAGAGCUCCAAGCCUCUCCGGAGGCAUGGUGGUUGCGGUAACGCCCAGCCCACGAUUCGUAAAGAGGGUAUCACUUUGGUUGGAACAUGGAAGCCCAACAAGAGCAUGAUGGAUGAGGAUGAGAUGCAGCAGCCGGAAAAGAAAGUCAUUACUCCUCAGAUGGCCUUGAAUGUCUUCCGCAACAUUUCCCACGAAGAUGUUCGCAUCAUGGGCUUAAGUAAUGACUAUGCUCGUCCUGAAUGGAUGAUCAUCACUGUUCUGCCUGUCCCCCCUCCUCCUGUCCGUCCUAGUGUUCUCGUCGGUGGCAGCACCAGCGGCCAGCGCGGUGAGGAUGAUCUGACUUACAAGUUGGCUGAGAUUAUCCGAGCGAACCAGAAUGUCCAGCGAUGCGAACAGGAAGGCGCUCCUGAACACGUCGUACGCGAGUUUGAGUCGCUUUUGCAGUACCACGUUGCCACCUACAUGGACAACGAUAUCGCUGGUCAGCCGAAGGCCAUGCAGAAAUCGAACCGACCGGUCAAGGCUAUCCGAAGCCGUCUGAAGGGUAAGGAGGGUCGUCUUAGACAGAACUUGAUGGGCAAGCGUGUCGAUUUCUCCGCUCGUACUGUCAUUACUGGUGAUCCGAACCUGUCUCUGGACGAGGUCGGUGUUCCAAGGAGUAUUGCUCGGACUCUGACCUACCCCGAAGUUGUCACUCCGUACAACAUCGAGAAGCUGCAGCAGCUUGUCGCCAAUGGCCCCAACGAACAUCCUGGAGCUAGGUAUAUCGUGCGGGACAACGGGGAGCGUAUUGACUUACGCCAUGCCCGAAGAGCUGGAGGUCAACAGCUGCUGUAUGGCUGGAAAGUCGAGCGGCAUCUUAUGGAUGGCGAUAUCAUUCUGUUCAAUCGUCAACCUUCCCUGCACAAGGAGUCUAUGAUGGGUCAUCGUGUCCGUGUUAUGCCGUAUUCGACUUUCCGACUGAACCUGUCUGUCACCACCCCUUACAACGCCGAUUUCGACGGUGACGAGAUGAACUUGCACGUUCCUCAGAGCGAGGAGUCUCGCGCAGAGUUGAAGCAGCUCGCCUUGGUCCCUUUGAAUAUCGUGUCUCCCCAGCGUAACGGUCCCCUUAUGGGUAUCGUGCAAGAUACUCUCUGCGGUAUCUACAAGAUUUGCCGACGUGAUGUCUUCUUGAGCAAAGAACAGGUCAUGAACAUUAUGUUGUGGGUUCCAGACUGGGAUGGAGUUAUCCCUCCGCCAGCCAUCUUGAAGCCUAGACCUAGGUGGACUGGAAAGCAGAUGAUAAGCAUGGCUCUUCCAUCUGGGCUCAAUUUGUUGCGUGUGGAGAAAGAUAACUCUAGUCUGGCAGAGAAGUUCUCGCCUCUGACAGACGGUGGUCUGCUCAUCCACGGCGGACAGUUGAUGUAUGGAAUGUUCUCCAAGAAGACUGUUGGUGCUAGCGGUGGUGGUGUCAUUCACACAAUCUUCAAUGAGUACGGGCCGGAUACUGCGGUGGCUUUCUUCAAUGGUGCACAAACCAUUGUCAACUACUGGCUGCUUCACAAUGGUUUCAGUAUAGGUAUUGGUGACACCAUUCCCGACGCGAUCACGAUUCAGCGAAUCGAGAAUUGUGUGCGAGAGAGGAAGAAGGAAGUCGAGGCUAUCACAGCAAGCGCCACGGAGAAUACUCUGGAGCCCCUGCCUGGUAUGAACGUUCGAGAGACCUUUGAGAGCAAGGUUUCGCGUGCGCUCAACAAUGCCCGUGACGAAGCUGGUAGUGAGACUGAGAAGAGUCUGAAGGAUCUCAAUAACGCCAUCCAGAUGGCCCGGUCUGGAUCUAAGGGUUCGACGAUCAAUAUCUCUCAGAUGACUGCUGUUGUGGGCCAGCAGUCCGUCGAAGGCAAGCGUAUUCCUUUCGGAUUCAAAUAUCGUACUCUUCCCCAUUUCACCAAGGAUGACUACUCUCCGGAAUCUCGCGGAUUUGUGGAAAACUCUUAUCUGCGUGGUCUAACCCCAACUGAAUUCUUCUUCCAUGCCAUGGCCGGUCGAGAAGGUCUGAUCGAUACUGCCGUCAAGACUGCCGAGACUGGUUAUAUUCAGCGAAAGCUGGUUAAGGCCUUGGAAGAGGUCAUGGUUAAGUAUGACGGUACUGUCAGAAACUCUCUGGGUGAUGUGAUACAAUUCAUCUACGGAGAAGACGGUCUUGAUGGUGCUCACAUCGAAAACCAGCGGGUCGACAUUAUCAGAUGCUCUGAUGAGAAGUUCAGAGAGCGAUUCCGUGUGGAUCUCAUGGAUCCCGAGAGGAGCCUGGGACCUGAAGUCUUGGAACAGGCCAAUGAAAUUGCUGGCGAUGUUGAAGUCCAGAGAUAUCUCGACGAGGAAUGGGAGCAAUUGCUCAAAGACCGGGCAUUCCUUCGCACUGUCGCGAAAGAAGACGAUGAGAUGAUGCAGCUUCCCAUCAACGUGCAGAGAAUCCUUGAAACUGCCAGGAGCACAUUCCGGAUACGUGAAGGGGCCAUUAGCGACUUGCAUCCUGCCGAGGUCAUCCCUCAAGUCCGCUCUCUGCUCGAUCGUUUGCUAGUUGUGCGCGGCGACGAUCCAAUCUCGCGCGAGGCGCAGGAGAAUGCUACACUGUUGUUCAAGGCACAGCUUCGCAGUCGCCUUGCAUUCCGCAGACUUGUGACCGAGUACUCGAUGAACAAGCUCGCCUUCCAGCAUGUCAUCGGUGCUAUCGAGAGCAGAUUUGCUAAGGCUGGUGCUAACCCAGGUGAAAUGGUUGGUGUGCUAGCCGCUCAGUCUAUUGGUGAGCCCGCUACACAGAUGACCUUGAAUACUUUCCACUUUGCUGGUGUCUCGUCGAAGAACGUCACCCUUGGUGUUCCUCGUCUCAAGGAAAUUCUCAACGUCGCUACCAACAUUAAGACGCCAUCUAUGACUGUUUACCAGUUGCCCCACAAAUGCCACGAUAAGGAAUCUGCUAAACAGUUGCGAAGCGUUGUUGAGCAUACCAGCCUGAGAUCCGUCACAGAAGCCACUGAGAUCUACUACGACCCGGACAUCCAGACCACAGUCAUUGAAAAUGAUAGGGAUAUGGUCGAGUCCUACUUCAUCAUUCCGGAGGAUGUCACAGACGCCUCUUCUCGACAGUCCAAGUGGUUGCUUCGUAUCAUUCUCAGUCGGCCAAAGCUCCUGGAUAAGGGUCUUACAGUGCAGGAUGUUGCUGCCAAGAUUAAGCAGGCUUAUCCCAAGGAUAUCGCGGUUAUUUUCAGUGAUAACAACGCCGAUGAGCAGGUCAUUCGUAUCCGUCAAAUCCAGGAUUACAAGGAAGACGAAGAUGAUGAGGACAUUGAAUACGAUGUCACUCUUAAGAAAUUGGAACAGCAUCUUCUGGAUACUCUCACUCUCCGUGGUGUUCAAGGAGUGGAACGGGCUUUCAUUAACGAGAAGAGCAAAGUCCGUGUUCUUGAGGAUGGCAGUCUGUUUGCGAGCAAGACCGAUCCUCUCUGCAAGGAGUGGGUUCUUGAAACCAGUGGUUCUUCCCUCGGUGAGGUCCUGGCUGUCCCUGGAGUUGACGCUACGCGUACGUACUCGAACCAGUUUAUCGAGGUCUUUGAAGUCUUUGGUAUUGAAGCUGCCCGUACGGCUGUGCUUCGGGAAUUGACCCAAGUGCUUGCUUUCGACGGUUCCUAUGUCAACCACCGUCAUCUGGCGCUCCUGGUCGACGUCAUGACGGUGCGAGGUUAUCUGACACCGGUAACUCGCCACGGUAUCAAUCGUGCUGACAAUGGUGCCCUGAUGCGGUGUUCGUUCGAAGAGACGGUGGAGAUUCUAUUGGAAGCUGCAGCUUUCGGAGAGCUCGACGACUGCCGCGGUGUGUCAGAGAAUCUGAUCCUGGGACAGAUGGCGCCCGCUGGUACAGGAGAGUUUGACCUCUACCUUGACCAAAACCUCCUCAGUACUGUUGUGUCGAACAAUGCACGGUUCGGCGUUAUGGGAACCAUCGGGGCCAAGGAUGCAAUUAUUUCCGACGGCGCUGCCACACAGUACGAUACUGGCUCGCCCAUGCAGGAAAGUGCAUACAUCGGUACCCCCGAUCCGGAGUCUGCUUUCUCGCCCAUUCGCCAGGCGGGUGCCGAGUCUCCUGGCGGCUUCACCGAGUACCAACCUACGGGUGGCUUUGGAGGUGGUUUCAGCCCCGCUGCUACAAGCCCGGCAGGCUAUUCACCCAGCAGCCCGUUCAGCGCCAAUCCCACGUCUCCUGGGUACUCCCCAACUUCAAGCUAUUCACCUACGUCUCCUGGCAUGGGCAUCACCAGUCCUCGUUUUAUGACGUCCCCUGGCUUCUCUCCUGCCAGUCCAUCCUUCGCUCCAACCUCGCCCGCAUAUUCACCGACGUCGCCGGCAUAUGGACAGGCAUCCCCGACGUCUCCGUCCUACUCUCCCACAUCGCCAGGGUUCUCACCGACAUCUCCCAACUACAGCCCUACGUCCCCCAGCUUCAGCCCGGCUUCUCCUGCGUUCAGCCCUACGUCGCCUAGCUACAGCCCGACCAGUCCUGCUAUUGGUGGCGCCGGUCGACAUCUAUCUCCUACUUCACCUACAUCUCCCAAGUACACGCCUACAUCUCCUGGCUGGUCUCCUACGAGCCCGCAGACGUACUCACCUACGUCGCCUAACUUUGCUGGAUCGCCGACGUCUCCGGGAGGCCCCACCUCCCCUGGAUACAGUCCUACGUCCCCGGCCUUCAGCCCUUCGUAUGUACCCUCGUCUUCAGCUUGA